AUAAAGCAGCUGCUCAGUGAAGUAUUAGCAGGUGAAAACACGAAAACUGUCCGUCGAAUAACUACAGUAUUUGAAAAUUAAAACAUCAUACAAAGCAUCAUUUGCUGAUUAUCGAAAAGACGUACAAAGAUUUAUGAAUGCGGGUCCACAAGAAUUGGCAAUAAUUUUAUCUGGUAGUGGUUUAUAUACUGCUGCAUUGAAGCUGCUCACUGGCUUCGGAUUAUCACCUCUUCCCAUAUGGGUACGCCACAUUACCAAGGAAAGCGCCCAUGAAGCGUGAGCGUGGUCAAAAGAAAAUGAAAUGGCUGUUUUGCCUCAUCGCAAUAAAGCAACCAAUAUGGCCCGGUCACUGUUACAAAAACUCAUUUAUGAUUAUGAGUUAGAAAAUUCUACUAGCGUACGUAAAUAUAUAGCAAACAAGCUGCUAAGUCUCAACGCUUUUAUACCGCAAUGGCUAUAUAAUGACUACAAGUUGGCGAAUUGUCCAGAGCUAUUUUAUUUGUUCGUCAAACAUAAUCCCUUAAUUGAAGCUGCCGAUUUACUACAUGCACUGUUGGAAGCUAGAAGCGAAUACUCAGUUUCAGAUAUCGAGUAUAAGCAGGAGCUCACAGAUUUAGAGGACGUCAUACAGACCUAUAUCGAUACCACCCAGCGCACAGCAAAUAAAAUAUCCAAAUAA